GAAUAAAAACGAAUAAUAACAAAACCUAUCAAAAUAAGUACUACAUUGUGUUGAAGGCCAAGUACCACAAGCAUGUCGAGGUUUUGGAAGCAAAGGUGGGACCACGACCGAGUUUUGUAUGGCGGAGUCUCAUGAGCGCACAAGAGUGGUUGUGUGGUGGGCUGAGAUGGCGAGUAGGGAACGAGGACAAGGUGCGGAUAUGGGGUGAUCGUUGGGUCCCAUCUGUGCAAGGCUUCUUUGUCCAAUCUGCACCGAUGGGGCUACCGGUGGACUCGAAGGUUAGUGAACUUAUUGACCCGCAGACUGAGCAGUGGGAUUCAGCAUUAAUUGAAAGUUGCUUGCCGACAGCAAUGGCUCAAGCCAUUUUGCAGAUCCCAGUGCGAGGGAUGGACGAGGCCGAUAAGCUUAUAUGGGCUGAGAGUUCGAACAACAAAUAUGAGGUGCGAGACGGGUAUCGAAGGUGGCUGGAAGAGUUUAACAGGACACAUGACUACCAACCGGUCGGGGAGGCUAGAGUGUGGAGCAGUAUUUGGAAGAUGAAUGUACCUCCCAAGGUAAGGCAUUUCAUGUGGCGGUUUGCGCGUAAUUCUUUGGCAACAUGCGAUAAAAUUAGCGCUAAAAGCGAAAGAAGAGGUGACGCAUGCCCAUUUUGCAACUUGAGAGAGGCACAAGUCCAUCUGUUCGGGGAAUGUGGCUGGUCGGGAAGGAUAUGGAGGAAUUCCAAUCUGUCCCAGUGGUUUGAGCUGAGGGAAGAUGAAGACUGUCUGAUCUGGACCCGGAAUGUGUUGGACAAAGCCACCACGACAGAGUUUGAAGAUUGGGCGGUACUUCUAUGGUCUUUAUGGAAGGAGCGCAACGCUCAUCUGUUUAAUGGAACGAAAGCGCCAGAAGAGGAGAUCCUUAUGCGAGCCGCUACCUAUGCUGAUGAGUAUCGCCAAUAUCAAGGAGACGAAACUAUGCUCCCAGCUUAGGAAGUGCCGCAACAAUGGAUGUGGGCAUUAUCAAGGUUAAUACGGAUGUGGGCAUUGAUGCGGAAGGAAUGGGUUUUGGCGUGGUCAUUAGAGAUGCAGAGGGGAGGUUUUUACUGGCAGCAGCUAAACGUAUAAGAGGAGGGAAUAACCCAGAGCUAGGAGAGGCUCUAGCGGUGGAGAUGGGCAUACAAAUUGCAGCUCAACAUCAGCUGGGAGUACCUACCCUCGAAGUAGACUGCAUGAAUCUUGUGAAGAGUCUUAAUGUGGCGCACGAAAUUCAAACUUAAGUGGGAGUAGUGUGUGGCAAGAUUAGGAAGCUUUUGCUGGAGGUAGGAGGAGGGGAUUGGAAAUAUGCUAGUCGAAAGGCAAAUGAAGCAGCACAUGUUAUGGCUCAUACGGGAACUAGUUGGGAUGAGGUUGUUAUAUGGUUUGAUAGACCACCUGUUUUUCUGCUUGAUCAGCUGCAGCUGGAUGAUGUAAUAGUUCUAGUUGAUUAAUAAAGCUCUGCGCAGAUUCCCAUAAAAAAACAUUGUUAGUUUUGUUUGUGUUUUUUAGAUGAAUGGUUGUGCAUUUGUCAUAUGUCUUAUUCAUCCAAUUGUGGGAGUUGAGGUAUCCGUAAUGAUUAUAGAUUCAGGUUGUAUUAAUGAUGUACCGCCAAUGCAUAACCUGUUAGUUUUACAACUAGAACGAGAUACUUUUUUAGUCAAUGAAAAUUUCCUUCAAGACAUCUUGUACUCUUACCUAAGAAAAUAAAAUAAAAAUUAUUGAGCUUUGUUUCAGUCACCAAUCCAGGCUUAAUCCAUUAAAUAAUCAGGUCGUCUAUACAGAGUAAAAUUCUGCUAUGGAAUGAAGCCACAAGAGAACAAAAGCCGCUUAAUUAUUACUUAGAUGCAGUUAGUUGUCUGCAAUGAGUUUAAUAUGAUAAACAGUGUGGAAUUCACGAUAUGGCUACUUUUGAUUGUUGGAGUGAGUGAAAAAUGAGGCUUUUAGUUUUAUACAUCCUUCCAAAUCAGAGAGAGAAAUGCUAGAGGUUGGUUGGUCACAGGCACAGUCCUGAAAAAUCAAAUAUAUGGGGCACCACUUUAAUUUCUUAGGGAAUGUGUGGGGAUAUCACUUAUGAUAGCUAGGGUAGUUAUGGUGAUUCCUGAUUCACAUACUUUAUGUAUAAUUUACUUCGAAAAUAUCAUGUACAUGUCAUCAAUUCAUUACUUAGGUUAAAUAGAGUAUGUACCUUUUGUUGUGGAAGAAAUUUUACAAUGCUAUAUAGUAUUGGUGCUAUAGGUUUUUGCUUUUAUGGUACAACUUAAAAUUGUACAUUUAUGUUAUGGCACAACUUCAGAUUGUACCUAUACUUUUUGUACAAAUUCUUUUAUGGUACAACUUGAACUUGUACCUUUAUGUGAUGGUACAACUUCAAGUUGUAAAGUUGUACCAUAACAUAAUGGUACAAAUUGUUUUAUGGUACAACCUAAACUUAUACAUUUAAUGUUAUGGUACAACUUUAAGUUGUACAUUAAAGCACCAAUACUAUACAGCGUAGUAGAAGUGCUCUUGUUGUGGGUCGAUGAAUAAAGCGUGAAGUCGGAC